AUGUCGGCCCAAAACUGGGGCGACCUGCCCAAGCACAAUAGAGGCGGUCACCAGCGCCAGUCUAGCGAGAACGAACUUCCCCCGACUGAACCCAGACAAUCCCUAGACAGUCAGCCUCCCCGACGAACGAACCGUACAUCUAUACAAACGGCCUAUACAGAAGCCCCUUCCGAAUCAAUCUUUGCUCCCGGUUCGCCAACAGCCUCCAGCGUUACUCCCCACGGUUUGGCUCCACGACCUCCAUCCUACCAGAAACCCGGCCUCGCCGAUUUCGCCCCGGACAGUUCUGAUCGAAAGCCACGUCGGAUGCCGUACGAGGAGGGCGAGUACUUCCUACAAGCCUCGCCGUCUCUACCGGAAGCACCCGACAUUCCUCGCGGUCCUCCAAAUCACCGCAUUGGCUCCGAAGCGGUUCCUCGCAACUACUCCCCGUUGGUCCCUGUACCUGGCACUGCUCUUCCUCGUUCCGGCAAGAACAAGGACCUCCCUCCGAUUCCAUUAUCCGAAUAUGAUAACUCCAGUCAUCAUAUGAUGAACAUGCAACAACAGCAACAACCUCAUACAACGAAUGGCGUAUAUCCUCCAAGUAUUCAUCGUCGGGCUACAGAGCCAGCCUACCUUCAGCCUGGGACGGACGAGAGAUACCAAGCAGCCCGAGUUCCGGAGGGAUUUACGGGGGCAGUUUCAUGCAAGGAACCGCAGCCGGAGGAUGGCGUUGCCGUCGCUCGGAAGCGGCUUGAGGGAGGCGAUAGCGAUGAAGGGACGCCAAAAGAGAGCCAGCAUACCCUUGGCAAUAUGCGUUUUUCCAAUACAGAUGCCCUGCAGCCUGGACAAGGCUUGUACCAGUCGCCAAAAUGGUUGAACGAGUGGGAAAAGGCAGCUAUCGGGACAUUGUCUGGGCCGUUACUGGAUGUCCACGCCGAGAACUUUUCACCAGAUUUCUACAAGGCAUGGUGGGAGCAAGGGCAGGGCCGUGGCGGUAACGUUACAGCUCGCCUUCGAAAAGCAGAAGCUUUUGACGGAGAGUACGAUGAUACAGUUGAGCCAACGCGAUUUAAACCCCAACUUUACCUCAGAUGUGGGCCAUUGCUAAGAUACUGUGGUAUUCGCAAGGAAGCAAUUCCUUCCAGGACCCAACGAGGCCAGACUGUAUCGGAACGGGAAAUGUGGCGCGGCAGUAUCAUGAUUGUUACGAAGGAUUCAGACUCUUCUUAUGAAAUCGCACCGAUGCUUCGCCUUUUCGUUCAGGACAUUAGCAUUUUGCCAGCAGCGCCGCACCAUGUUAAAGGAGAGUUGUCACCCGAGUAUGUUGAUCCCAUAGCUGGCCAUCCGAAACUCGGCCGCCGCGGAGAAACGCUCUACGUUCGUCCCGUAGAGCACCUAGAGGAAGGCAAAGACCUUUCCAUGGACGAAACGGAUAAUGGGCUCUUUGAGAUGACGCGAAGCCCUCCAGAUGUUCCGCCUCCGGAUGGUGCGCCUGAUUACCCUGGCUCAUUUACUAGCCGUAAGAGUCGGGCAGGUGUUGACGGGGAGAAAGUGCAGAAGUACAAGGAUGUGCGCGGCUUUCAACUCCAUACAGAGAGAGGCUACACUUUCUGGCGCUUUAAUGUUGAGAUUGAGCUUCGAGAAAAGCAGCAGCGCAUUGCUUAUCGCAUCAAUCGCGGACCAUGCAUGGCCUUCUGGGUGCCACCAAGGGGCGAGACAAUGAACAUCAUGUUUCACAGUUGCAAUGGCUUCAGCUUGAGCGCGAAGCCAGACAACUUCAGCGGACCAGAUCCUAUGUGGCGCGACGUCCUUAAUACUCACCAAGCGAAGCCAUUCCACGUCAUGGUUGGCGGCGGAGGCCAAAUCUACAACGACUGUGUGGGGGAUGAGUGCGAGCUAUUUGGCGAUUGGCUUGACAAGGGAAACCCCUUCGACAAGCAUCAUACGCAGUUCACCCCAGAGAUGCAGAACCAGCUGGAAGAUUUCUAUCUUGAAAGGUAUUGCACGUGGUUCUCACAGGGUCUCUUUGGACUGGCCGCAUCUCAAAUCCCCAUGGUUAACAUGUACGGCAAUCAUGACGUCUUUGAAGGCUGCGGCUCCUACCCUGAUCGCGACAUGAGCUCGCCGGUAUUUUCUGGCCUUGGCGCGGUUGCAUUUAAAUACUACAUGCUCUUUCAGCAUCAGAGUAUUAUCCCAGAAACGGAGACGUCGGAGCCCAGUUGGAUACUCGGUGACAACCCUGGAUCGUAUAUCCAGGAGUUGAGCCGCAGUGUUUACGUCUCCAUGGGAGGCAAAACGGCUUUGCUUGCCGUUGAUACUCGUACAGAGAGAACGGAACGUGAACUUGUGGACGAGAAAACGUGGGAAAAGAUUACAAGCAGGCUGUAUCUCGAAGUUCGCAAGGGACAGAUCGAACAUCUUCUGGUUCUGCUUGGCGUGCCAAUCGCAUACCCACGAAUGGUUUGGCUCGAAAACAUCCUGACGUCGAGACUUAUGGAUCCUGUCAAGGCUUUGGGAAGGACUGGAGUUUUCGGGAAGAUGCUCAACAACAUUGACGGCGGUGUGGAGGUGCUGGACGACUUGAACGACCACUGGACUGCCAAGUGCCACAAAAAAGAGCGAACCAUAGUGGUGGAAGACCUGCAAGACCUCGCCAUGGACAAGUCGGUACGAGUUACGAUUCUCAGUGGCGAUGCGCAUCUGGCCGCUGUGGGCCAAUUCUUCUCCAAUCCACAGCUUGGACUUGCGAAACACAAGGACCCGCGAUACAUGCCCAAUAUUAUUUCGUCAGCAAUUGUGAACACGCCACCCCCGGAUAUCCUUGCUGAUGUCCUGAACAAGAGGCACAAGGUUCACCAUUUCGAUAAGAACACUGAUGAAAGCAUGAUCCCGAUAUUUCAGCAUGGUCCAGACGGAAGGCCUCGGAACAACAAGCGUCUUUUGCCGCACAGAAACUGGUGCUCGAUUCGCCAGUGGUCUCCGGGGGUGACACCGCCACCAACACCGCCUGAAUCCGAUGACGAUGGCAGUCAAAGUCUUCCACGGUCGACAGGAGGUGGUGGACUUCUCAGGCGGUUUUCGCUUAGCAAGCGCUCGGGACCGAAGCCGUUCGACGGAUCUCGCGAGUCUGUUCGCGGACCGCGGCCUCCGAUCUCUGGUGGCUUACUUCGAGGUCUGACGAGUAGGAAUUCCGAAAAGGGCUCCUCGCCACCGACUAAACUCGCGAGAAGCAUGUCUCUUGGUAGCACUGAUCGGCCCAAAACGGGACUCUUUGGCUUUUUGCGGAGAGGCAGCCAGAGUAAGGUGGUGGAGUACGAUGACGAUGAGGAUCCUACGCGCCGUUGGGAUGCACCGGCACAAGGGCGAUACCCUAGCCCUUACGGCCAGGCCCACGAGGAACCACCGCUUGGCCUCCGCGGUGGCGCUGUCACAAACGACGAAUACUCCGAUGGGGAUGAUGCGUACUUUACCCCGCGUCCUCCUCAGCGGGCGAAAACUGGAGGCAGUCAACCGGCGAGCGAGCCGUACGACGAUCCAAGAAUCAAACCGUUCCACAGGGCUCCCACCGGGCUUACAACUAAGCAAAUGAAGAAUGCGUCAAACUUUGCCGUGGAUCUUGAGGGCGGGUUGGACAUCUGCCUGAACGUCGAGGUGAACCCAAGAGACCCAACAGGAAUCACGGUGCCAUACAGAAUAUUGGUGCCCCGGCUGCAUUUUGAAUACAAAGCAGAAGAGGACUCGUUGGUAGAGGCCCAGACUCAGCCGCAGCCACAAGCACAGCCUACUGGAUUCAAGAGACUCUUGAGCUUCCGCAAGAGGCCAGAUCCUCCAGUUUCAAGACCCGAGGAGCCUAGUUCAAUUGACACACCGGAGCAGGACUACGAAGAUGAUUCAACGGAAGCAGGAACGGUUAGGCGCCAAUAUUGA